AUGUGUAGUGAAACAGUACUCGAACAAGUAUUCAUGACCAUUGAUAAUAGUACGAAGAAAUUUGAUAAUUUUCUCAGCCACAAAAGAAGCAAAGCCAAUUAUUUUAUUCGUUGCAGUGUUCAAAAUGACGUAGCGGCAAUACUCAAGACCGCAAUAAAGCAGCUUCAUGAUUUGACAAAAUCAGAAACGAAAAGAAAGAACAACGCGCUACCAGAGCUUAUAGUGCAAGAUUUUGACGAGGAGCAAAUCUGGCAGCAACUAGAGCUCCUAAAUGACGGAGAACUCGCACAUUUUUUGGGUGGAGUUUUAAGACUUGUAGCACGCCAAAAUAAAUUGGUACUACCGGUAAGUCUAGUUCCCAAGAAAAAAGAAACGGCAGAAAAUGAAGGUGAAAGGAAAAAAGAUUGUGGGGACAAAUGCGACUAUGUGGAUUCAGAGAAGAGUGAUGUAGAGAUGGACUGUGACGUGGACUUUGGCGACAAGCGCAAAAGAAAGAAAAGAGAAGAGAAAAAGCUAGUAACGCGUCCUUCCAUGGUCGACGACCAAUUUUUCAAACUCGAGGAACUAGACAAGUAUUUAAGCAAAGAGGAUGAGAAGGAACGUGCCCAAAGAGAAGAGUCGAGCAGAGAUUCGGACGAAGAAUCUGUGGAACUUUUUGAGCCAGAUUCGGAUGAUGAGGAAGAAGAGAUCUAUAGCGAGGACGGAAGGAUGAUGAAAUAUGCAGAUUUCUUUGAUAAUCCGGACAGCGGUGAGGAGACGGAGAAAUAG